UAAAUUUUCAUUUUCUGCUUUCAACAAGAUCAACUGUUGUUGGUGGGUCUCCAAGACCUCCAAUUGUGGGAGCUAUUCUUUUGGGGUCUGUAGGGAGCCUUUCUGCACUUCUUGAUGAUGAUUCCUCAUCAGCAUAACGCUGAUAUAAAACUUUGGCCAUAAGGUGAGGCAAAUAUAUUGAUCCUUCGCCUCUUUCACAGGUUGAGGAUGCCAGUGUCUGGUACGUUUGCAAUACUUUCUCGUGUAAAUUGGCUUCCCAGUUUUAGUUUUGGCUUGUUGUCUGCUAAUGUGGAAAUUGUGGUCAAUACCAGCUACAUAACACUGUGUGAUGUAAUAUGGGUAUCUGAAAUUUCGAUGAAAAUAUUUUAAAUCAUAUGCAGUACAGGCCUUAUUGAUUAUCAGUAUGCUCUUUCUGAAGAAUACUUUUCUUAUAACUCUUGUUUGUAAAAAAGUUGGUGAUUUGGAAAUUUUCCAACUGUCUUAGUCUUAAUAUUUGGCAGAUGUGCUACUUUAUAUGCUACACUUUUGCACCAAAUCUCCUUUCAAAUAGGUUUUUAAGCUUUCUUUCUGUGGAUCAUUUCUUAAAAUUACAACAAAUACAAAUGCAUUGUGUUGGCAUCUGAUCCAGCAUCUUUAAACAACAAAAUUUUUUACACAUAGGCAAUAAAUGCAACUCCUAGCCCACUUACUGAGAAAAUAUAUAUGCUGGAAAAAUUUUGCUGACUCGAAUGCAUUCCUCUUUGGUACAUAAUUGAGCAACAAACUCUUAAAGUUGUCAACUGGACUAGUGUGCCUAGAAACAUUUCGAGAAAUUGGAAUAUACUCAAUGAGCAUUUCACAAAAGUUCUUCAUCCAACAAUGUGAUUGUACAUUUAAAAUGUGCAAGGAAAGUAGAUAACCAACGAAUUAUCUAGUAGCAUCAAACCCUACAUCAAAUAGCUCUAGAUAACAACACUGAGAACAAAAUGAAAAUAGCAACAGUGUACAUGACUACCCAAAAAUAAGAUCAACAUCUGAUGAUAUUCAUUCUUGAAGUUGCCAGGUUUGGCAAUAAAAUGGCAAAAGGUAUUUUCUUUACAUUUUUAUUAUUAACACAAUGGUAAAGGUGCAAACUCUGUAGCUUAACGAAAGUAAGUAUAAUGCUGCAGUGAUUGAAAGAGCUUCUUAUCAAGAAUUAUUUCAAGCAAUGCAGUUAUUUCCUUUGAAGUUUUCUUUAGUGUUUCCUUUUCAUCAUCAAGUAUCUCAUCAUACUUACAACAUUUGUUUGCCCAUUUGUGUCGACCACAGACAUGAUGUAGCAAACUUAACCACAUUUCCUUGAAUAAAGAAAUAAUUUUAAAAUGCCAUUGAUGUAGAGCUACAACAGCAUGAAGACAAAAUUAAAAAAAAACAGAAGAUGGGUAACUUCCUAUUGUUGCCCUUCCUUCAAAUUUAUGCCACGCCCUUACUUUUUUCUACCACAGUAGUAAGGGAACAAGGAAGAGAAUUGAAAUGAGAGGGUACUAUAGUUUUAAAAGUAGUUAGGGCAAAAAAUUUUUAUUACAUAUUUUUCUGAAUCUGAUAUUGCUUUCCAUUUUCAGCAUAAAGAACAUUAAGUUCCUAAGAACGAAAGUUUUUCAUCCCUAAUCUCAUCCCUAACUAUAAGAAAAAUUCCCUAGCAACGAAAAUUAACUGGUUGCUAGGGUUAAAAAACUAGUUUUCCCCUCUUCUCCGACCUCCCUUUUCAAGAUUUUACGUUCUGGGUCUCUGUGUUUUCUUUUUAUGUGCCUUGGGACCCUGUGUGAGGGAUUGAUCUUAGCAGCCAUAGCAACCUUUGGGUUUUAAUCUCUGUUGUCAUAUUUGUAGCGUGUAUCGAGAGACGUUUUCGGAUUUUACUAUUGAUAAUAUCUGGUUAAUGGCACCAAGUAAGUUUAGAAUGGGGAAGGAGCAAGAGAAAAGUAGAGAAAAGGUUACAGAGGAGUUCAAAAGCAGUUUUUGAGGAAUUCGACGAGUCAAGAAACAACCGAUGGUGUUAGGCCAAGAUUGUCAACUGCUGCAGCAGUGAAUCUUGUCAGUGCUGAUAUCUGACUACAGCAAUGGAUAGAAAGCUUCUGAACAGCUCAUUUACAGAAGAUUUGCAGAACAUUCGAUACGUAACAAGAGAAAAAGCAAAAACUGAAGGGUUAGGCCCUGUAAGGAAAACAAAAACAGCCAAUGGUUGUGCAAUUAAAGACCUUGCCUGUCUUGAAAAUUUUUCAAAUGAUGCCGUUGCUUGCAAGAUUUGCCUGAAAAAGAAGGCUACAUUCACCUUAUUCUCAGCCGAAGAAAAGAGAGAUUGUUUGUCAUUAAAACUAAGCCUGAAGUGUUCAUCAUGACUCAAUGUAGUUUCCUUUAACACCAGCAAAAAUAUCAAGGUGGGUGCAUUUGAAGUGAACCGUAGAUCAGUAUUGGCAGUGAAUACUCUAAAGGGUGGAAGAAAGAGUUUGGCUAGGUUUUGUGGCAUGAUGAACAUGCCUCCACCUGUAACCAACAAUGCUUACAAUAAGCAUCUGAAGAUCUCUGCUUUAGCUGCAGUAGAAGAGGCAGAAAAUUUAAUGAUAGAUGCAGGUAAUCGAUUGCUAAACUUGAUGCUAAGAGGAGAUCCUGAAAUUACUGAUGAUGAUGAAGAUAAUGCUGUUCCUGUAGCUGUAUCAGUUGAUGGAUCCUGGCAGAAGAGAGGAUAUUUUUCAAAGUUUUGUGAUUGGGGUUUUGAUGGGAGAGAUUGUAGAUUAUGAAGUCUUGUCAUUAUUUUGCAAGGAACAUAGUGUACAUGAGAAAAGUCAAAAGGACAGUGAGCAAUUUCUUCAAUGGAAGGAAAAACACAAGCAACAUAGUUCCAUCAAUUUUGAAGGAUCCUCUGGAGUAAUGGAAGCUGCUGGGGCAGCAAGAAAUUUUUCUUGCUCAAUUCAAAAGAGAAAACUCAAUUCAAAAGAGAAAACUCAAAUACACCACUUUCGUUGGAGAUGGAGAUAGCAGUUUGGUGAGAGAUAUCGUAUAAAAAAAGGAUUGUCUUGGACAUAUCCAGAAAAGAAUGGGCAAUGCACUGCGAAAUCUUGUACGUGAUAUGAAAGGGAAAAAGCUGGCAGAUGGGAAGACUGUUGGGGGCAAAGGGCGACUGACACAAGAUAGAAUUGAUUCUUUUCAGAGGUUUUUUGGGAAAGCUAUAAGAGAAAAUGCAAAGAAGUCAGUUGAAGACACCAAAAAUGCAAUCUGGUCAAUUUAUCACCAUUCAAUAUCCAAUCCAAACGUGUCUCUUGAAAUUCAACAUAAACUUUGUCCACAAGAUACAAAAUCAUGUUGUAUCAUGGUGCCCAAGAAAAAUUAAAUGGUACAAAUCGAUAUUCUGAGUCGACAAGAUUGCCCGACAGAUUAACUGACAUUGACUCUUAUCAAAAUGACAACUUGCUAGAGGAUUUGCCAAGGAUUUGCAAUGUGAAUGUGAUGCAAAUUGUGAGGAUGCUUUGCAAUAUAGACUGAGAAUAAAUGCAAAGGAAACAUCUAGAAAUAGAGAAGUACCAAGAUCAAAGAUCAAUGAAUAGACCCUUUUCACAAUCCCUUUUUUGGCCGUUUGACAACAAGGGUGUUUAAUGAAAUCGAGACAGUUGUUGUUUGGCAUAAAUCUUGUACGGCGCUUCUACGUAAAAUAUCUACUAUUCUUUUGCGUUAAAACCAAGACAAGUUUUUGGAAAUGGAGAAUAAAGACGUUGAAAUGGUAGAAGGUGUUUCAAAGACGAAGAAAAGAUCACUCGGUAGGCAAUGCGCGGCUUAUGGGUGUUAUAACACCUUUUACAAAACUGAUGGAUCGCCAUCCGGCCUACAUUUCUUCAGAUUCCCACAAAAGAACCCCGAGAAGCUUCGUUGGUGUAACCUCAUCAAACGUGCAGAUGGACGUGACGGUUUUAAUGUUACACUGUCUACAUUCCUUUGUGAAGACCAUUUUACUGAUGCGGACAUCAGCAGGUAUCCAAAUCAGUGGCGUCUGAAAACUGGAGCUGUCCCUUCUUUGAAUCUGUUCAGUAGCGUAGAUCGGUUGCCAAGAGUAUCCCGCAAAGCGCCAGCUGAACAUACGUUUUCUUCCUCUGCAUCAGCGACUGCAAUCUUCGAUGAUGAUGUUUCUCCCUUGGCUUCUAAUGUAAUGGAAUCCUCGCUACAAUUAUCAACUGAUGAUUCGCCAACAACUUCAGUUUCUACGCAAACUGAAUUUUCUUUUGUCAGUUCUCCAAUUUACAUUCCUUCUUCCUUUGACCAAAACAAGGAGUGCGACCAUGAAUACUCCUCUUAUACACCUCACGAGAACGAUCUUUUUAAUAUUUGUAACCAGCAUGACCAUCUUUCAACAAAGACCAAGGAACUCUCUUUGCAAGUUGACAAACUAUCCAAACAAAUUGGAGACUUGGAACAACAAAUUUCUCAGCUGAAAAGCUCUCUCUUCUCAAUCGAUAAACUGGAAAAAGAUGAUGCUGCUGUCAGAUUUUAUACUGGCUUUCAAAAUUUUUCUUCUCUUCGUGCCUUGUUCGAGUAUUUCCAGCCAAAGCUUGAUCGUAUUCAUUAUUGGCGUGGGCCUACAUCUUCCAAGGUUUCAGAUCUUUCCUAUCAACAGUCCUCUCAAUCUCAGAAACCUGGUCCAAAACGCAGCCUUUCGCAAUUAGAAGAAUUUAUUUUUGUAUUAAUGAGACUCAAAGUUGGUUUAUUUAUGAAUGAUUUAUCAGACAGAUUUGGAAUCUCUACUGGACAUGCUUCAAAAAUUUUUACAAGUUGGAUUAACUUUUUAUUUCAUGAACUUCCUCUUUUGUUUCCGUUUCCAUCUCAAGAAAGAAUACGAAAAGAUAUGCCACAGCAAUUCAAAGAUUAUCCUACUACGAGAAUCAUUAUUGACUGUACCGAAAUUUUUACUGAAAUACCAUCCUCACUUAAGUCUCAGUCUCAAACUUGGUCCCAAUACAAACAUCAUAACACCUGGAAAGCCCUUGUUGGAAUCUCACCAACAGGCUGUAUUACUUUUGUUUCAAAGCUUUGGUCUGGCAGAGUGUCAGAUAAAGAAAUUACUCAGAAGUGUGGUGUUUUGCAACUUUUAGAGAAUGGAGACAAUAUCAUGGCCGAUAGAGGAUUUGACAUCUCUAAUAUUCUUCCUUCUGGUGUAUCUCAUAAUAUUCCUCCUUUCAAAGGCACUAGAAGCCAGCUAACAGCAGAAGAAACAGAAGAAACAGCCCGAAUUGCAGCAGUACGCAUUCAUGUUGAAAGAGCUAUUGGUCGUGUAAAGAAUUUUCAUAUCCUGGAUGGAGUCAUAUCUUUAAGUUUACAACCUAUUUCAAACCAAAUUUUUUCAGUAUGUUGCCUUCUAACUAAUUUUCAGCCAUUUCUAGUUCAAAAUUCUAACAAUAAAUCUGAAUAGAGAUUAAUAAAUUUUACUAUUGCUCUGAUUAUUAGAUUUAAUACUUUGUAAGCUUUAAUAUUGUUGACAAAAAUCUUGAUCUUUGCUUUCACUUUGCAUUUUAUACUUUUCAGUAUUUAUGCAAUUUUUUUGUAUAAGUCACUCUUUUACAUACAAUAUUUUUACACAUACUGGAACAACAUAUUUUAGAUACGACCAAUUUCAUAAGUAUUUCAUAAGUAGCUUGGUCUUCCGGUCCCCCAGGAAAAUUCCUGUAUUAGCCGUAAGAAACGGGGGUUUCACAGUUACCAGCUGCUCAUUGUUGCCGGAUUUAGCACACCUUGCUAAAUGCAAGUUGGUAAGAUAUGACAAGUCAAUGAAAUUUAAUGUUCAUCUGUCUGUAAUAUAGUGCAUGAUGCCAUAUAGACAUUUUCUGAUUGGCAUAUUUCGAUCCACAACUGGGUAUAUAUUUUCCAUCGUGUUCUUUCAGCCCCUUAUUCUAACAUUUUAUGCUCUGAGGAAUGUCAGACGAAAAAGCUUUAAGUAGUAGUAUGUUGAGAAAUGUUUGCUUUUUUCAAAGCCAUUUUCAAGUUCUGUACCCCCAAAAAAUUGUUCAAAGGUAGAUUUAAAGAGAUUGAGCAGCUGUGCUUAUCAAGCAGUGCCAGAUUCUUCCUCUUGAUGUGACCACAUCUUAUGAUUCCUAUGCUUGGUAAUACAGAGAGCUUGCGACUGUCCUUGCUUCAAGUGAUAGUUCAGUAUAUCAGUGACCCAAACCACUGAUCCUUGUAUCUAAAGGUCUAACCUUAACCGCAGAGCCAUAUUCAAGGUGUAUAGAACAGGACAGUUAUAAGUUGCAACUCAACAUUUUAUGUAUGUCCCUUCAUCAGGAAAUGUUCAAUGUUAUACUCUCUUCCAAGUAAAUAUUGUUUUUGCACUUGAACAAACUUUGUUAGCUUAUAUCUGUAAUGUUGAAAGUGUUUGGAGCUCCAUGUGCUCUUGAUGCAAAAUAACUUUGUUAAAGGACUUUGUAAGCCUAGAAUAUUAAAUUUCAAACUUCAAAAUAAAUGUUUAUUUCUUUGCCUUUUUCUUCUCAUAACUUUCCCAGCCAUCUUGCAAGUAAAGCUUCAUUGCACGCUGAACUCUCCUUGUAAAGAACUCUGGGAGAACAGCUCUACAGUAAAAGAACUUCAGCCUGGGUAAAAUAAAAUUUAAAACAAAGUCUUCAUCAUAGAAGAUACUUUCAAUAAAUAGUGGUUUGUUGUCACCAAACCAUACCACAAAAUCAACUCUUCUCAGGUUAGCACAAAACAUCUCUCCUUGAACUUGAAAAUAAUAUUUAUGUCUCCUCUUUAAUUUCACUCCUUCUGAAGUUUGUUUUAAAAAGAAAUUUCUGUCCUUGAUUGCAUCAUCCAAAGAAGAAUUAUAUUUAGAAAAUGGGCAUUUUAUUUCUAAGCCCCAUUUUUCACUUCUACAAGAUAUAAUACCAUCCAAGGAAGCAGCAA